AUGGUAGAUGCACGUGGUGGUGCAAUGAGGGGUUGUCGACAUUCGGGUGUUCGUGUAAUAAUUCCUCCUCGUAAAGCAGAAGCUCCAACCCGAAUAACUUGUCGUUACUUAAAAAAAGUUGUUAUUUAUUCAAAAAUCCAAAAAAUUUUAAUUUUAAAGGAAAAAUUGCCAGUUCCGCUUCGUUUAAGUGAAGGAGAAGCCUUAGCCUCUCGUAUACUUGAAAUGGGCCCGGCAGGUGCCAAAUUUCUUGGACCUGUAAUUCUUGAAGUUCCGCACUUUGCUUCGCUCAGAGGACGUGAAAGAGAAAUUGUAAUUCUUCGCUCAGAUGAUGGGAAAUUUUGGAAGGAACACCAAUUAGAAGCGACUGAAGAUGCUGAAGUUUUAAAUGAAUCUUUCGAUGCUCAAGAGUUACAACAAUUGGAUGAAUUACACACUUCAAGAAUUACUAGAAUUUUGACUAAUGAUUUUCCAAUGUAUUUUGCUGUUGUUACUCGUGUUAGACAGGAAGUACAUUGUGUUGGUCCAGAAGGAGGAGUAAUUCUCUCGUCUGUUGUUUCGAAUGUUCAAGCAAUAUUUCCUGAUGGUUCUUUGACUAAAACAAUUAAAGUAUCUCUACAAGCACAACCAGUCCCACAAGAAUUAGUUACCAAACUUCAUGGAAAUAGAGUUGCUGUCUCUCCAAUUGUUACGGUUGAACCGAGAAGGCGAAAAUUCCAUAAACCAAUAACCCUUUGUAUUCCCUUACCUCAAUCAACAAACAAAGGAAUGUUAACACAAUAUCAACAAGAAAAACCUGGAAAGGACCAAAAAGAUUCACAACAACCACAACAUGAACCUCCAACACUUCGUCUUUUAUGUAGCAUUACUGGAGGUGUAAUGCCUGCCCAAUGGGAGGAUAUUACUGGAACGACACAAUUAACCUUCUCUGGAGAUGAGAUAUCCUUCACAACAACAGUUUCUGCACGUUUCUGGUUAAUGGAUUGUCAGACCCCAAGAGAUGCUGCAAAAAUGGCCCAAGAAAUUUACAACGAAGCAAUAGCAAUUCCAUUUAUGGCACGUUUUGCUGUAUUUGGCCGUCGCUCAUUCCCAACAGAAGGACAACUUAGAAUGUUUUGUAUGACAGAUGAUAAAGAAGAAAAAACAUUAGAAAAACAAGAAGGAUUUCAAAGAAUUGCUGUUUCGAGGGAUGUUGAAGUUUUGGAGGGAAAACAUCAAUGGCUAGAAUUUGCUGGAAAUUUAGUUCCAGUUACUAAAAGAGGAGAUCAAUUAUCUAUUUUCUUUCAACCUUUUCAAGAGAAUAGAUUGGCUUUUAAUAUUAAGGUUAGACAACAAGACGACCAGGAGGCUGCUUCUUCUGGCAAAGUUGCAAUAAUGAAAGAACCACUUAAUAGAGCAGAUAUUUUACCUCCUCAACAUCCAAUUUGCAUGCUAUCAAUUACUUUGCCAGACUACACAGGCCCAUUACCUUCAUUAGUUUUGUCUGAACAAAAAGGAGGAGGGGGAGGAGGUGAAGAUGACCAAUUCAAAAAACAGGCGCCUCUUAUCCAACGUUAUUCUGAUGCUUUAUCUACGAAUGUAGCAGAGACUUAUCCAAACAUUCCAAUCGAAUUUGUUUCAAAAACUAUUGGGGCAGAUUGGGCAAGAUUGGGAAGAGUUCUUGGAAUUCAUCCAGAUGAUAUUAGACAAAUUCGUAGAGAAGUCCCUUCUGGAGGAGGGCAAGAAGCUCUUCAUAUGUUGAAAAUUUGGGUGUUUUUGAAAGGAACUUCUGCUAAUGAAUCAGAUCUCCGCCAAGCACUUCGUCAAAUCGGUCGGGAUGAUAUUUGUGUUAGAAUGACAGAUUCAGACAACCAUUUAAUGGGAGCAGCCGAUUCAGACAUUAAUUUAUCUUCUGCUGCAAUUGGAACGCCUGUAAAUUUAAGACAAGACUUUUCAAGCAAAGGUAGUCUAGUAACCCCUAUACAACAGGCUAAUAAUAUAAUAGUUCCACAACAAUCAGCACCAAUUGAAGUAUCAGCUAUAGCUGCAGCAAUUACUCCAACUGCUGAAGUUGCAGCAGCACCUUUGUUUGGUAGGGAAAUUUUGUUAAAAUUAAAAUUAAAAUAUUUUUUUGUGUUUCAAAAUAAUUUUGAAUGUAAUUGUUUGUUUUUGCUUUGA